AUGUCCGGGCAAGGUCCAACCUAUCAAGCAGACGUUCGGUUUCGUGUCGAGGGAUAUGAUGAAGUGGCUCGUCAUUGGAAACCUUCAAAUGAGAGUCGACGAGCAAGACAACAACCACCUCUAAAUCAUCCACAAAUAACCAGUAUGUUAGACCCAUCUGUAUGGCGUCCAUCAGUGCCAAAGGAACAACAUGACCGUGCAGAGAUCUUCGUCAUCAACUUUGUCAUAAUUCGUCCUGGAAAGGCGCCACCACAGCAAAAUCAAAAUGACAAUGGCUUCAACGAGCAACUUUCUACAAUACCGAAUGCCACUCCUCAACUUAUCUCGCACAAUGUUAAUGUUGAAGCGACCGAUGGAAAGUUUCAAAGAACUUUGCUUCCCACGAAACCAAAUGUUGCGGAAGUGAAAAAUAGAUUAACGGCAAUAUAUGCAGACAAAGCAAACGAUUCAACGUCGUCAUCGAGCACCAGUCAAACUGUCACUUCUGCUUUAUCGAUCUCAACACCAGCUGUUACGACACAAACUACAUCGAGCUCUUCAAUAGUUUCUCAAUCAAGUACCACUCAAAGAACGCAACAUCGCGCUACAACAACACCUAAUUUCCCGGCUUGUGAACCUUGUGGAGAUUCUUUGAAAUUUCAAGAACAACCGACGCCGAUUUUGUAUUCCGAAAGUGCCAACUCAAACAAAACUCGACUCGUCGAGGAACUUCCUCCCAUGGACAAUAAAUUAGUUGCACCGAUUUCUGCUAGAAUUUCAUCGGCUUCGACUGGACAAACAAAAAAA